UUCUGGGAGCGUUCCUCAUGUUUGUUCCCAGGCCAGGAUAUUGUGUCAUGUCUGUUUCUAGUGGAGGGCUCUCCCCAGCAUCUGCUCUGGGGAGUUUCCCUCUCCGCUCCCUGAACGCUCUCCUGCGUGCUCAGUGUUGGUCUCCGUGCACCUGAUGCUAACUGCCCGGCCUUGUCUGGGCAAAUCAGACCCACCCCAGGGCAAGCCGUUCACCUUCUUCAUAAGCAAGUUUUUGAGCGUCCCUCCUGCUGCUGUGUUGAAAGUGACCUCAGCUCGCUGCGAGGACUAUUCUUGUAUAUCCUGAGGUGAGGCGGAGCUGCUGACACUCCUUCACCACAGUGACCGGUGACAUGCAGCUGGUGUCAUGGAACAAGCCGGAAACCUCACUGCUCCCCUAUAAAAACAGGGGCUUGUCCCGGGGGUCGGUAUCAGAGGUUAGAAAGAGUCUCUGCUCUGCUCCUGUGGUUAAUCCCUCACCCGACAGCAACAUGAAGGUCUCCGUGGCUGCCCUCGCCGUUCUCCUCAUCGCUGCCUUCUGCUCGCAGGCUUCCUGUGCCCCACACGGUUCUGACACGACCGUGUGCUGCUUCAGCUACACCACCCGGAAGCUGCCCAAGAGCCACCUGAAGGAGUAUUUCUACACCAGUGGAAAGUGCUCUCAGCCAGCUGUAGUGUAAGUACUGGGGGAGGUCUGGGCAGA